GUGUGUGUGUGAAUGGGAUAAAAGCACUAUAUAAAUGCAGUCCAUUUAUAUGCAGCUGCAUUUUUUUUAAAGUUUCAGGACAUUUGCUACAAAGUUAAUUGUCAUUAUUGUGCACAGCACAGCAAAUGUGCGUUUAAUUCAAAAACUUUCAAUUCAAUUUUUUAUUAUCAUAAUUUUAAGUAUUUGUAGCAAUUUCUAGACCAAUGGUUGUUCAGGUCCAGAAGUUUUGGGGAAAUAUUUAUUAAAAUGUACAUAUUUCAAUACAUAUUUCCACAAUCUACUUCUAAUAUGAUCAUUCUAUUUCAUAUUUGCACUCAACACGCACAGUGCAGGCUGACUUCUGGGACUUCACCUGAUUGACCAGCAGGGGUCACUGGUGUGUGUGAUGAUACAUUGUCAUCCAGGCUAACUAAUAUGUCUCCAUCUCUGGCCAGUUAUAUAUCACCCUGUGGGGCUGCCAGGCACAGACAGCAUUUAAAACUGGCCCAUGGGGCCCAUCCAUGCUCUACAGUGUCCUAACAACAUGAGCCACCCAGCAGCCCCUAGAAUUUAGUAAAAUACACUAUAAUGUUUACUGUAAGGCAUUUAUGAUUUGGAGUAGUUACAUGCAUGAUUAGGGCAGCACGGUGGUGCAGUGGGUAGCACUGUCACCUCACAGCAAGAAGGUUGUGGGUUCGAUUCGCAGCUUGGGGCCUUUCGGUGUGGAGUUUGCAUGUUCUCCCCGUGCCCGCAUGGGUUUCUUCCAGGUACUCCGGUUUCCUCCCACAGACCCAAAGACAUGCAGGUAGGCUAUUUGGAGACUCUAAAUUGCCCAUAGGUAUAAGUGUGUGAGUGAAUGGUGUGUGGUGCCCUGCGAUAGAAUGGCGGCCUGUUCAGUGCGUAGUCUUGCCUCUCACCCAAUGCACGCUGGGAUAGGCUCCAGCACCCCCCACGACCCUGCUCAGAAUAAGCAAGUAUAGAUAGUGGAUGGAUGGACAUACAUGAUUAAUGUGGAUAGCACGUACAUCAACUAAAAACUUUAUUUCCCCCCCAGGACAGAGAGAAGCAUUUACACACUUUCACCUUCCGUGAACAUAGUAAACCAGCAGCAAACAUUAUACCCUGCAUGGAGGCUGGAACCGUGCUGGAGGCACUCAACAAAAGUGAAAAAUUCACCACUCUCGUCAGGAAAAAUAAGGAAAAGGACAUUCUCAUUGUGAGAAAACUGCCAGAAAAUGCAGACAUAGCCACACACUUUCCCUGCUGGCUAAUUAAAAAAGAAGAAGAAUUGACAAUACAAUUCAGUUCUGGGAACAAAUCUGACCCUGAGUCUCCUGAAACAGGAAUAAUCACAGAAGAGAGCAAACUGGUCACUUUUUAUGUUGACAGAACGGGGGGAAAAUAUUGCAAAACUAAAAAAUUCUUGAAAAACAUGAGCAACACUGAUAUUCCCUAUCUAUGCAUAUAUGCGUGUGUAGGUGAGACUGCAGAAGAAGCCCUGCGAAGAGACGGGCGCUUUGCGAAAAUCGUGUUUCAAGAAGGCAAAGAGCUAGAGAAUAAAGAGGAUGGAUACUUGUUGGAGAUUUAUUUACCUGUUACUGAAGAACAAGACGGAAAAACAUUUAAACUGAACAUGCGAAAAGAGGAAAAUAAAUCCCCACAGCCUACUACCACAGAAACCGACUCCGGGUCCCAAAUCGCUGAACAAGCAGCAGGACCCGCGCAGGAACAGGGAGAAUCCACUCCCAGUUCAGCCACAUCGGCACCAGCAAACCCACCUGCGCAAGAACAGGGAGAAUCUACUUCCAGAUCAGCCGGAUCAUUCCAUGCCUUGCCUGACUCUGAGGAGCUGCUGCAGAUCCUGCGUUCCCAGUUUGAAGGUCUGGUGAAGCAUAUGAAGGACCGAGAGAAGGUGAAGGGGAAUGAGGAAGUGCUGGAGCUGCUGAGGGAAGAGUAUGGGAAGAACAUAAAGGUAUUCUGGGAUGUGUACAGAGUGAAGAACCUGAUGAAGAAGAGUAGAUCCGUCUGUGUUCUCAUCAACAACACUAUUAAUAUACAGGGCACAGGCUUCCUGCUCUUUGAUCGUUUCAUCCUGACGAAUGCACAUUUGAUCAAGAUUAAAUGCCAGAUCAUGUCAGCUUCCAUUAUGAAAAUGAGCAUUUACCCCAAAAAACGCGUCUGCCCGUUAAAGAAGUCAUUGACUGGGCUUAUAAGGUCGAUGAAAAAUGCUUAGACUAUGCUUUAUUGGAGCUCGAUGAGAGCUCAACUGAAAAGCUGCCCCCAUCACUCCUUACCCAGUUUGGUCCACCCAUACACUGCGGUGGGGUGUGCAUCAUUGGACACCCAGAUGGGGGAGUGAAAAGAGUUGAUUUCUGCUC